AUGACUUCAUCAAAUUUGUCUGUGGUGAGGCCAAUUUCACCACAUGGACAGUUCACUGAUAUACAUAUUUAUGUGAUACCGCCAAAUCUAUGGAUUAAUGAUUUAAAUACAACAUUUUCUCAUCUGGUUAAGAACACAGUAUCAGCUGGAAUAAUACGUUCCAAUGUCAAUGCAAAUUUAGUUGAAUUUCGUGAGACUAUUGAAAAAGAGUUAGGAAAACAAUUUUGCCUAAUUCAGUCAAAUCAGGAGAGAUUAUUUAAAAUCAGUGAAUUCCUUCCGCCUAUGUCCGAACUACCAGAAAUUUAUGUUAUUGAUCGUCAAGCAGUUGAUGAAAAUCAAACAAAUAACAAUGAAUCUUCGCAAAUCCCCUUAUUCCAACAGCAGAAAAUGCAAAAUCAAGUAAAUAUUAGGCCGGUUACACCAAUAGGAAAUACGAGGCCUCCAUCGGCGUCAUUUAAAGCGGAUGGUUCACAGAAGAAUUUUCCCAGCUACCAAUCAAAUCCUCCACCAACAAUGGAUUCUACACCGCAAGGACAAAGUACAUCACCUGUUAGUGAAUUGAACAUGAUGACAAGUAUUCAGCAUCAACAACAGCAAAGCCUCAGCAGACCAGGCUCUCACUAUGAACAAAGAUCAUCUGUGACUCCCAGUGUUAGUUUACCAGUUAUCUCAUCUCAAGGUAUGUUGACAACAGACCCAUCUUCUGCAAGAAUUUCACAAGAAUUAGUCCCAAUGCACAAUGAACGAAAUGUAAUUUCCCCAGCACCUAUCAUGCAUACUGGAGAUGCCGGAUUAGAUACAAUUUCAGCGGCAAUCGGUCAUCAAAAAGACAUUUUACAACGUUUAGAGUUUGAACAACAAAAACGUAUCUUACAAAUGCAGGCUGAAGCUGAAGAACGGCGUCGUCGUGAAGCUGAACAGUAUGCAAAAGAGUUGGCUAAAAAUGCUAACCACGCAAAACGUAUGGAAGAGCUAGAGAAAGAGUUAAGAAGGUGGACAGAAGAAGCGAAACAAACAAGAGAACGCCUAGAUCAGCUAAAAGAAGCUUGGGAUACUGCUCUUAAGUCUAAACAGGAUGAAAUCAGUACCCUGAAACAAGGUUUAGAAAUGAUGAAACAAAGCAGAGAUGCAUUAGACGGUAAACCUACGGCUAGAGAAAUUGCUGCACAAACGGAAAUACGUCAGCUCCAAAUCCAGUUGACUGAAAUGAAGGAAAAAUACAAACAAGUAAGAGAAGAAUUAGAAGAAAGAAGGAGAGCUGCGGAUGCUAGAAUGGACGCCGUGGGAGAUGAGUUGAAGGAUUUAAGACGAAAAAUGUCAGAUGUUCAUGCUACUCUACGGGAACCAAAGCCUGUAAAAAUUACAGUUAGUUCGCAGCCCAAAUCCGUAUGUGAUGCUGGGACAGAAGCAACAGAAGUCGAAGUCAAAAAAACACCACCGCCUCCGAAAAUUAGAGUAAGUUUGUCCGAUGCCUGUCAUAGUGUUCAUGCCUUAUACUGUUCACCUUUCUUUGUUAAUCGAUAA